CACGUCCGCCGCCCCGCAGGUCGCAGGUCGCAGCUCACCCAUGAUCCGCUCAGCUCCGCCGUGCGGGCCGAACCGGGCCGGCCAGCAGAACGGCCUGCGGGAUGAAGAGGAGGAUGAGGAGGGGGACCUGGAGGACGAGGUGGACGCGUCGCACCUGGAGAAGUUCAUGCGGGACCGGAGGAGAGCCCGGUCGCUGCCCGCGUAUCCCGCCGCGCUGCUGGACGGCGGCAGGAAGCGGGUCAAGUUCGCGGACUCGAUGGGUCUGAGCCUGGCCCGCAUCAAGCACUUCAGCGUCCAGGAGGACCCGCAGGUCCCGCCCAAGGUGUUGUCCCGGUACCAGAGCUUCCCCCCGCAGCAGCCGGACCCGCGGACCAGGCCGGAGCCGCCGCGGCUGCUGGCCUGCUUCCCCGAGCCGCGGGACGCGGAGCGGCGGGUUCGGGAGCUGCGGGUCUGCCUGGAGAGGCUGGCCGUGACCCGGUUCGAGCUGAGGGGCCAGGUGCGGGUCCUGCGGGGCUGCGCCGUCAGGGAGGUCGGGGUUCGGCUCACCUACAACGACUGGCUGUGCUACGUGGACGCGCAGGCGGUGCCGGUCCCGGUGCCGGAGCAGCCCGGGUCGGAGUCGGUCCGGUUCGGCUUCACCGUGUUCACUCCGCCCUUCAUGGACCCGGGCGCCGCGGUGCACUUCGCCGUGUUCCUGCGCAGCGACGAGGGAGAGUUCUGGGACAACAACCAGGGCCAGAACUACUCGCUCCGGUACCGGAACCACUGCCAGGACGAGCCGGGCCGCCCGGACCCCGAGCCGGCCGGAGAGGCUUCUCCAUCCUUCUGAGCGGAUCAGAACCAUCCGGAACACUUCCAGCACUGGACUCCAGGCGGGAUCCAACCGGACCGGUUCUGAUCCAAAUGUUUGGCUUUCAGGAUGAA